AUGGCUGAAUUCAAGCGUCAGGGCGGUGUUCUGAUUGGCCGCGAGGAGCGCUUCGACUUUUUCGAGGGCGAGCCGCGUUCCAUCGGUGGCCAAGUUGGCCAAGUCGGACAGACAGAGAAUACCACCACCGGUGGAGCUGCCGGCGACCGUAAGACUGCUAGCAGCGGUCCGCAGAGUGGUGUAGUCCAACAGACCCAGACUGCAGCUUCGCAACCCCAGGCUGCGCCGUCCUCACAGGAAGCACCAACUGCGGCACCGGCACCGACCCCAGCACCACAGAGCAGCCAGGCGGCACCUGAGCCUGCGGCAGCAUCCACAAGCGGACCUCUCGCACCGCCAUUCCCAGUUCCAGAACGCCGCUCGACCAUCCCACCUCAGGCACCUCAAGCAACUCAGCCAUCCCAGACUCAGGACUCCAAUAACAGUCAACAAGCUCCUGCUACCCAGGGCAGUAAGGCACCAAGCGCAGCACCAGCUCAGCCUGCAGCACCAGCACCUGUCCGCUGGAGUCUCCUCCCCAUGUCGGCGCACCCACAAGCACGUGGCAUGCAAGCCAUCCAUCCACCGCGUCCCUCGGUCGACCAGCAGAGGCAGCCUUCGACUUCGAGACCUGCCAACCCAGCGCCCGGAGCACCGAAGGGUCCAGCACAGCAGUGA